AUGGCAUCUCCAAACUACCAAAUCACCUUAUCCGAUGAAUCGAAGGAAAGAAUCACCAAGGUUUUGGAAUACUCCAAGACUAUUGCUCACUACGGGUUCAUUCCAUUUGUUUUGUACUUGGGAUGGUCAGCCACCCCAAACAGACCAUCAUUAUUCAACUUGUUGAGUCCUUUCCCAUCUGCUUAA